CCUCGCUCUUUGCCUUGGCGUUCGCUCUCUGCCCUCUCGUGAAGAUGGCUUCGCGCGCGGGACCUCGAGCCGCGGGAACCGACGGCAGCGACUUCCGGCACCGGGAGCGCGUGGCCGAGCAUUACCAAAUGAGCGUAUCUCUCAAGUCUGAGAUUAAGAAGUUGAUCUACAUGCAGGUGGCAUUGUGGCUCUUGGUGGCAGCACAAAUGUGUGUAGCUCACUUCAAACUUCUACCCCAUGACAAGGUGGCCAUGCCUUACCAGUGGGAGUACCCAUACUUGCUCAGUAUCAUCCCCUCACUCUUUGGCCUCUUCUCCUUUCCCCGAAACAACAUCAGCUACCUGGUGAUUUCCAUGAUCAGCACUGGCCUCUUCUCGGUGGCGCCUCUCAUCUACGGCAGCAUGGAGAUGUUCCCGAUGGCUCAGCAGCUCUACCGCCAUGGCAAAGCCUACCGCUUCAUCUUUGGUUUCUCUGCUGUCUCUGUCAUGUAUUUGUUGGUAGUGGUGGCAGUGCAAGUUCACGGCUGGCAACUUUAUUACAGCAAAAAGCUAUUGGACUCCUGGUUUACCAGCACUCAGGAGAAAAAGAAGAAGUGAACAAGGGGUUGGGAGUUGCAUGCAUCAACACUCUCUUGGAUCGAGGGGUGGGAAAGAGGGAGAGACCUCCUUAAGGAGAGGUAGAUGGUGCUCUUGGGUUUCUUUCUCAUCCUUACUGAGCAAAUGGGAGAUCCAGGGGUUCCAGCUGAGCUGAAUGAACACUGAACCACGUUUGGUUGUUUUCCAGCUUGUGUGGCCUAAGACUGGGAGUUGUAGGCUUGGGCAGUCCUGUCUUGGAAGGGAUUUAGGGAACCCUCCUUCCAAAGGACAGGCAACUGAUACCCUUUAGAGAGAUGCUUUCCUCACUUGGCUUAGGCAGAGGAGACUCGCUGGAGUCUCCUGAUGGUUUGAGCAAACCAAUAUUGAGCUAUGCCACAUGCACUUUAGAAGAUUCACACUUUGCACCAUCUUGAAUUACACUGUGAACAAUUGGAUCCUAGUAGGAAUAGGAAAGCAGCACACAACAAGGCCAGGACCCCCUCCCUCCCUCCCAUCCAUCCAUCCAUCCAUCCAUCCAUCCAUCCAUCCAUCCAUCCUAGAACUCCCACUCCAGAAUGUUAUAGGGCCCAACCCUGUCAAGAGAUGUUUGUUGUGUGUGGUCAUGCUCCCAGGAGUAGCUCCUUUUCCUUACCCUGGUGGUAAGGGCUCCCCCCCCCUUUUUACUCUUUCUCCAGCUGUACCAACAGGGGACUGGUACAUGCCAAGUGCUGAAACUCGCUUUGCUGGACAGCCCCUCUGAGCUUGAUUUGCUUCCUUACCCCAUAGCCCAUCCACCCUUUUGGAGUCCAUCCUCAUUCCAGGGUCUGUCUGCCUUUUCUACAAGCUGUCUAGGUGUUCCAGGAAUGGCUGCUGGCCAUCUCUGCUCUCAUGCUUGUGAACCAAAUAAAGUGCUAUCUUAAA